AUGCACAGGGACCCGAAUAGGAGCAAUGUUUACGUACGCCUCGCGGAUUUCCUUGACAAGCCGAGACUCCAGCCGAGAUCAAAACAAAAACACCAAGCCCGAGCAAGACAGCGUGCUGUUUUGGAUGAGCGCUCUGAGCUGCAUGCCUUCAUCUCUGACGAGUACUGGGAUUCGCAUUACGCCGAGAUAGCCCAGAGAAACUACGGUUGGCGCGAUCAAAACUGGGCUCUUGUCAAAUGUCUUUUCGCUCACCGCGACCGCCUUGCUCCCUACCCUUGGUUACCACGCGAAUGCUGGCUUGUCGGGUGGGCUUUGUUUCACCUUGAGAAGCCUUUGCGUGAUUUUCUGGUUUGGUCGCUUCAUCAAGAGGAAGAUUGUGAAGAGAACGUGACGAUCGAGAUAUUUGGCAAGCAUUUGGAAGCUUGGGCAGAUUUCUUCGAGAGUCAGCGCGCCAAACGGUACGUGUAUGUGAGUACCAUCGUCUGCCGGCACCCGAGCUUUAUCCUGGACCAGCUCAAGGUCGGCGCUCCGUGGAGUGCGCAUUAUUUUGCUUCCCAGCCAAUGCAUAGACAGUGGGCACACAAGACCUGGAAGACACACUGGCGCAACGGAGGCGGCAAGGAUAUUCGCACGAUGGCUCCCAACCGAGAAUUCGACAACGACAGUAAUACGGAUUGGGAUCACGAUGCUGCCGGGAUCCAACCAGGUCGAGAGGGGAUUUGGACAUAA